CGUCACACCUCUUGUCGCUUAAGGUGUAUCAUUUCGGUAUUUUAUCAAAUUAAAAUGAUAUCAUCUGGGCAGGGUCGCGAAGUGUAGUGCGGAAAAAAUGCAGAAAACCUCCGUGAAGUGAUUUAGCUCGCGUGACACUUGAAUUUGCAUGUAUUUUGUCUGGAAAAGUGACCCUGGAGAAAAACAAUCUGCGGAGUGGCAUUUCGGUGGCUUUUUUGCACACCACAAGACCAACGAGUGAGUGAGGAGGAGAGCCAGUGACAUAGAAAACUCCUAUUUUUGCUACACACCUCGAGAACUUUCCCAUUGGUGACGCACAAGCAGCCUCUUCCUCCUUCAUCCUGUCCGGUGACAUCGACAAAGAAUGGAUAGUCUGGCGACACGAAAUAGUGUGAGUGCAAUAGUUGAACACGAUUACACAGCGAUGCAACCAGAUGAACUGAGUCUGGUCAAAGGUGCCAUCAUACAGAAUAUUAAAGUACAACCAGGCGGUUGGUGGGAAGGAACAAUAGCGUCUUCUGGCAAAAGUGGAAUGUUUCCUGACAAUUUUGUGCGUGUCCUGGAGCCGGACGAUAAAAAUCCAGUUGUGCUGAGGGAUAAAUCUGCAGCAUCAAAUAGGCGAUGCAAAGUGGUUUACAGCUAUACACAGAACAACAAUGACGAACUUUCCCUGGCGGUUGGUGACAUCAUUGAAGUGCUAGGCGAGGUGGAGGAGGGAUGGUGGCGCGGCAAAUUGGGCAAUCGAGUAGGUGUCUUCCCAUCCAACUUCGUCCUAACCGUUGACGAUGUGUCACCAGUGUCGGCAAAUAGGAUUUCAACAAAUACCUCAGGCAAUCGCACUAAAACUAGUCUCAACAGCUCGCGCGAGGACUUGGUGUCGGCUGGUGUCAAUAACUCAGUGGCACAGGACAAAGAUGCCCCGAGUUUACCACCAAAGCCAGUGAGGGAGAUUUGCAGAGUUCUCUUCCCGUACGAGCCACUGAAUGAGGAUGAGCUGGAGUUGCUCGAGGGUGAUAUAAUCACGAUACUGAGCAAGGAUCUGCCCGACAAGGGGUGGUGGAAGGGCGAAUUGCGUGGGAAAGUAGGUGUUUUCCCAGACAACUUUGUCUUCGUUCUUCCGCCUGAAGCAUCACCAUCAAAGGAGAGCGGCAUUAAGCCUGAUCGUCCACCACCAGCGUCAAAGAUGAUCAUUCAGAAGACGACGAAUAACAGUAACUCGAUCAAUUCUUCGCGGAAGGACAGCUUCGGCUCCAAAGAUUCGCUGAAUGAGUCUGGAAUUGUGACAGGCAGUGUGGCGGCUCACAGAAAGUCACUGGAGAGCAAAUCUGUUGAUCCAAUAGCUGAGAAACCGCCGAGGAAAUCAUUUGACACCAAAAGUUCAGUGGAUAUGAGGAAGAGUAUGGAGAAUCUGGAUGAAAAGAAGGCGACUCCGCCGCCAGUCUUGUCAAAGAAACCCAGUGUGCCAAUCAAAAAGUCCCCUACCAUCGGCAGUGUGACCACAAACAUCUUUGGGCUGAAUAAGAAGGUGAAACCGGCGGAGAACAAGACCAGCAAUCUGGACAAUCCGGAUGGGGGCGCUUCCAGUAAAAUGGGCAGUCCUCAAGUGGCGGACAACAAUGAAAAGGGUGUUGUUGGUGAGAGGAUCACUCGGAGUUUCGGGGAGUCGGACUUUGAUCAGGUGGAGAGAUCGAGUGGCGUGCUGAAGGAUAUGAGAGCCAACAGGGCGAAGUUGCCCAAGGGAAGACGACCUCCUACGUCAGCGCUCAACUCCAGUGGUGAGAGUAGUAUGCUGAAUGGCAGCAGUGGCAGUAUUGAGGAGCACAACAACAGCAAGGACACAUCGCAGAGUGAGGAUGAGCUGGUGAAGCCCAAGGCGAGAGAGUGGGAGAAGAACAAGGCUCCGUGGAUGGCGGAGUUGAAGGCCAACCAGGCGAAGAAGACAUCACCCAGCUUUGAUUCUACCAAAUCUCCCGCGGAAGUGACAUCCGGUGGGGAAAACACUGAGCGAAUGGACAUGUCCAAGUCAUUCAGCAGCUCGUUCAUGGCGUCGAGUCAGAAGAGGACAAGCGAGAGCUUCGAGGUGCGCUCCAACAGUGUAGAUGUGAAGAGCACGAGCUUCGAGGUGAAGAAGGAGGACGUGAUGACCAAGUCAGUGUCGGCGGUGUCCACGAAGAUUGCUGUUCCGGACAAUGAAGAACCGGUCUCGAAGCCGCGACCGGCGAGUGUGGCGGUCAGCUUGAGGAACAGGAGCAGUUCACCGAUGAGGCAAUUGAGUGCAGGUCGUCCGCCAAGCAUGGGCACUGAAGUGGUCGCCGAGAACGCGCAUCAGUCGGAGUCAAAAGUGGGCGAACUGGAGCAGCGAGUGGCGAAGCUGGAGCGGAUUGUGCAGAGCCAGGGCAUAACCAUUGAAGAUCUGGUGAGGCGCCUUCGCGACGAGUCGGACAAGGUGAAGACGCUGAAGGCUGAACUGGAGAAGUAUGCCCAGUGUGUGACGCAGGUAUGAAAAUGAUUUCCUCCCGAGGCGAAUCGGGACGAUUUUCCGUGAAUGGAAUUUUUGUACAUAUAAAAAUUUGGUCAACUUGGGAUUUGUAACACACUUGAUAUAAUGUCUUAUCAAUCCUGCUGUAAUUUGAGAAUUCAGCAUUAUCGUGAUUGUGUAAACAAAAGAAAAAAAAAUUGAAAAGUAUUUAAUUGCAAGGUUUUCACUUUGUGAAAUUCAGUGACUAUUUGGAAUUAUUCGAAUGCUUGAUAUAUUUGACAAAGACAGAAAGUUGCAUGAAAUGAUUUAUUUAAAUUGAAUAAAAUGAACAUUGGAAAUUGCACAAAUAAUUGUGAUGAUACAUUUUAUAAACUCUUUCAUUCAUAUUUGCAUUCCACAUAAUUUACAUUCAUUCACAUUGAUUUGGGUUGACAUUUGGAGUCAUUCGGAUAAUUCUGAGAAGCGCUGUGAGUUUGAAAAAUAUUGAAACACACUCCAAGAAAAUGAGAUCACUUUAAAGUAUUUGCCUUUUAUAGCGAUUCACUAUUUUAUGAAUCCAAUACACGAUGGAUCCUUAGAAAUUAUAUACAUAAAAUUUGUGUCAAGAUCGAGAAUUUUUGUAAUUGUAGCUGAUAAAUUAUUUCAAAUUCAUUCGCUGGACAGAAUGAAGAAAACAUUUUGUAAAUGGAGUAGAGAAAGGGAGAAUAAAAAGAAAUUAAAUGAAUAUAAUUGCGCAAUAUACAAAAAUGAUGAUAAAUAUAUUUUUAUAUGCUUGAAUUGUGUGAUUUUGGUGGAUAUGAGAAAGUAUAUAUCAUUUUGUGUGAGAAUCAUUUUUGUAUAAAAUAAAAUUGAUAAAAAUUUGUAUGUUAAUCUUGUGCAAUGAUUGCGAAUUUUUACAUUAUUAUGGCUUGUCUUUUUGCACAAUGAUUGUAGAAAAUACGCUUCUUGCUGUAACAUAAAUUAAUUAGAGGGAUAUUGAAGAUGUGCGGAGAGAAACCAUAGAAUUGGACAUUCCAAUUGUUUUUUUUUUUUCGCAAAAUUACAAAGAGAAGAAAAAUAUUCAAGUGCUUGAGGGCGGUUUAAAAGGAGUAAAUAAUCACAAUAGACGACGAUAUCAGCGUUAAAUGCUUGUGCUUCCUUCACAAAAUAUUCAGUUGCUAUUACAAUUUAGAUUGGUAGUGAUGAAAAUAUGACUAGUGGGCAUCAUUUUGAGACAUUUUAUGGAUAGAAAUUUAAAAAAUAUACACCAAGAUAAAGAAGAAGAAUAUAUAUAUUUAUUUUGCUAUUUAUUAAGAAUAUACACCGAAGGAGGAAAUAUUUUUUAAUGAAACAUUUGCAUUUGUACAUAGAGAAAUUGCGUAGGAGCGAAAGAGGGGGAGGAGGAGAGGUGAAGAAAGUAGUGUGGGACAGUGAGAUUAAUUGCCAGGCCUUUAUGCAUUUCAUUUAGGAUUAUAAAUGAUAUAAUGGAACGAUGAUUAUGAGAGAGAUGAACAGAGUCUAGUGAAUUAUUCUAAAACGCAGGCAUUGUGCUUCUGAGAGGGAUUGAUGUUCUCAAUGGCGAUUGGAGAAUUGUGUGAAAUGGAGAGCAAUAUUUGAGCAAAAACCUCUCCCCAAUCAAUUAUUCAGAGGGUUUGUAAAAGGAGACCAUCGGUACGUUGAUAGUCCAUUUUGUAAAUUGCAGAUAACUGAAAAUUACUGUGGUUCCCAUUCUCACUAGUGAGAAGGAGAGAGAAUGAACGAUGGGCCAAGUAUGCUCGCUGAAUAUAUUUGUAAUAUAAUGCUUGAUGAGCAUUUUCAGUCUAAAUGAAAUAUCAUUCCAAUUUGUAUUAAUGAUAAAUACCUUAAAUAGGAUUAUACUACAAUCUAUAGUGAGAUACAACAUUCAUAGAAGACAGUGGAUGAGGAGGAGAACAGAAGAAGCGAGAAUAGAGAGAGAGUGGUUCAAAGACAUGAGAUUGGUUUUUGUAAGUCCUUUCAAAUUGUUUUGAUAACGUAUAAAAGAAUGUGAAAUUGUGCAUUUCCUAUUUACAUAAUUAUUCCAUUACUUUCAAUGAUAUAAUCACAAUGUAUGACUAUGUUUUAUAAGACAGAGUGAGGAGAUGAAAAGAAAAUGAUAGUAUGAAAUUGUACUUACGAGAAACUUUCCAUAAAUAUAAACCUUAUUUCGUCUAUUGAUUUCAUAGGACAUAAAAUAAUAUUAAUAAUAUAUUUUUAUUGAUAAAUAAAAGUAAAAAUUUCAUG